CGAUGCAAUGGAUGUGGAAGGCCCGAAUACGCGGUUAUGUGCAGUGGCCCAAUUCAUGAACUAACUGAUAGCGAGCUUGAAAAGUGGUUAAAAACAGAAACGAAUAUUCCAUUUACCCAUUUUGUAAAAAAAGUUCAUGAAGGCGCGUUUUUUCAAACAUAUAAGGGUGUCAUGGAUUGUUUUAUUGAAAAAAAAGGAAAAUUCGUAGUUAGAAUUAGCGAAACGUUUUAUUUUGGAACGGAAACUAAAGUUGUUUAUUCAGAUACACCCUUAAAUAAAAGACAAAGGACUACCGUAGGAGAUGAUCAACCUGUAGUAGCAGCUUCAGAAAAUAACCAAAAUGCACCACGUAAUAUUAAUCCAGAACAAAACCGUUGUAUCAGUAUCGGCUCUACCCCCGUACAGGACAUCUCUGUGAAUGAAACCCAAUUUGAAGCACCGUGUAAUAUUGGUUUGGAUUGCAUCAGUAUCGGCUCUACCCCUGAACAAGACGAAUCUGCGCCUUUUGACAUUUACAAUAAUACUCGAAAUGUGAAUGAAACCCAAUCUAAAGCACCGUAUGAUAUUAAUUCAGAACAAGGCUAUGCGCCUUUUGCUAUUUACAACGAUAUCCGAAAUGGAUAUAUGAAUAUCAUUGUUUUCACUCCGUCAAUAACAUCCAAAAAAGAUAUUGAAAUUAUUCAUAGUGGCAAUCAUGAAAUCACUAUAAUGGCUAGGCUUCAAACUAUUAGUAUAUCAGGGUUUGUCUUUAUUAAUAAUCUUCCGAAUCGACUUGAGGUUAAAGUAACUUUACCAAACAGAAUCGAUGAAGAUUGUAAGGCUAAAGUUAUGAUUAAUAAUGGUGUAACUUUGAUAUCUCUUAAGUCGAAAAAUUCAAAAUGUC